AUGCCGUACAACGCAAAGUCACCCCAAUAUUCUCCGUAUGUCCCCUGCCUCUUCGACUACGCCAACGGUGUGCUCAAAACCAUCUACUUGCCAACAAGGAGGCGGCCAACCCUGGCAUCUUCAGUUGCUUCGAAUGUCUUUCACUGUACCAACACAUCAGUAAUUCAACGUCACCACCGUUACUACAACGUCGAGCUCUUGGGUGACCAAUGUCUGGACAUGAGCUUGCGGGACAUGGAGCGCAUCGGUCAGCAAGGAUUCAACCCUCAGGACAACCUGAGCCUUCUCAGAAUCGCCAGUCAUCCAGACAGGAUCCCAGCUGCAGCCGAGUCGACCCUGGACGCGCACGCCAGACAAACACCGCUGCAGAGAAAACGAACGGCAGACGGGGCGAUCAAGCACCAGCACAGCUCACGGAUUUCUGAUCAGAGAGAUGAGCUUCGGCUACACAGCGACUACAAACGAACCUCGGACGUGAAGAUGAAAAUGGACCUGGACAUCUUGAGGCGUCGUAUCGCGUUGAUUGAAGCACAAGAGCAGGGGAGCACCCAGCAUAGGUCGGUGUCGAAACGAGCAAGAGGGCAGCAGCAGCAACUGGCAGGACGGGGACAACGGCAACAGCAGAUUGGAGAUAGACAAGAUGCUGAGACGAAAAACGAUCUGACAGACUGGAAGGAAGCGAUCAUCCGGUGA